ACUUUACGAUAUACUUUCUAGUGCACUCUUCAAGACCGGAGGUCUAACUUUGAUACAUAUUGCAUAUACCUAUGUACGCACAUACUGGAGAUUAUGAUAAGUCUCGCUUAGCUCACGGCUUGGACCUUACACAUAUUUACUGGUCCCACUUUAAUUUUGCAUUUAAACUUGCUGCUCGGAGUUGCAAGGGCGCUAUUUGUCACUAGGCCGCGACAUAACAAAAACGUGUAUCGGGAUUUUUACUAAACGUCAGGAUCUGAACAUCGCCAAUUUUAAAAUGCGUGUCUUUCAUUAGAUUUUACAUGUAUGUAUGUUCUUUGGAUAUAAUUGUGUAUACUGCAAUAAGUUUUGGAGUGAAAAAUAUCAGGAAUAUCAGAAAAGAAGGUUCAGCUAGUUUCAUGAAUUUGAAAAAUUAUAAAGACAUGAUGCUUGGCAUAUCAUCUGCAAUUUUUGAAAGUUUUCCUAUCAGUAUCAUCAGUUUGGAUGGAAAUUUAUUGAGUAUUAAUAUUAGACCUGGUUUUACGAUUGACAAGAUCAAGCAAAUCGCUUUAAAGCACUUUUAUAACCAAGAUACUUCAAAAAAUGCAUCACAAUUCCGAUUGAUUCAUGGAACCAGGUUUGUGCAACUCAUUGAUGACCAAACAGCCAGCGAUCAGAAUAUUAAAGAAUCUGAUGAGUUAAUAUUGAUGGAAAUUCGUCCAGUAUUGACAAAAGACAAUUUCUCUGAGGAAGCCCUAAGAGGGCCAGACGAGCAAAUAAUAUUACAAUUGACAAGAGAUAUGCCACUGUUAAAUCCUCCACGUCCAAUGCCAACAAUUGAAUGUACUGCUGAUUUUCAGAAUGAAAUUCGUAAAAUAUUAAUAACUCUUGUACAAGCAUCAGCUAGAAUUCUAUCAAACAGUCCAGAAGCAGGAAAAUACUAUGAAAUUAUUAAGGAAAAGUUAAAAGCCAGAUGUAAACCCCCAUCCGAUCCCAAAGCGAUUAAACAUCUUAUGGACAUGGGUUUUUCAGAGAAGAAAGUUCUUAAAGCACUCUGUCUAAGAAAAAUGAAUACAUCAGAUGCAUUAGAAUGGCUGAUAGAACAUCAGGAUGAUACAGAUGAGGAUGAUUUCGAAUUUCCACCUAUUGAUAACGAGCUUGAUACUUAUGCACCUGGGCCAAGUACAGCUCAGGCUUCUGGUAGUUCAACAAGUACAUUUGGGAAGAAAAAAUCUCUUAAAAGUUAUCUAGACUUUUUCAAAGGAGGUAACAGCGAGAGAAAUCUGAAAAGCAAUCAAACUGCGAAGAAAGAACCGAAUCUAAUGCACGCAGUGUCACUUCUUUUGGAUAGUUUACAUCAAUAUAAAAAGCUUGAAUUCAAACCAAAUCCGAGAUUAGCGCAAUAUUUCAAGGAUAUGGGAUUUGAGGAAAAUAAGGUUACUGAAGCUCUGAAGAUUACUGGGAAUCACGAAUACCAUGCUUGUGAAUGGCUGCUUGGGGAACGAAGGCCUGGUUUACAAGAUUUGGAUGAUGGUCUGGAUACAGAUAAUCCAAUUUAUAAAGCUAUUAUCAGUAAUCCUCACAUACAGCUCAGUCUCACUAAUCCUAAAAUGUUACUUGCCUAUUUGUCAAUUUUGGAAUCACCAUCAGCAACCAAUAUGUGGAUUAACGAUCCAGAAGCUUCGCCCAUUCUGAGUCAAAUAUUCAAAACGUAUCAUACCGAAAAACAUGCUAUACAAAUGAACCGUUACGAAGAGAAGUAAAAAAAUAACGAAAUAUAUUAAUUAACAAGAGAUUUAAAAAAUCGUUUAAGAUUGUUUAUCAUUAAAAAAUAUCCAGUGAAUACAUAAAAGUUUAACAGCAUCCGAGGUGCACUCAUUUACUGCAUGUAUUUACCGGAUAUUUCAUAUAUAACGUUAAAAAAUGAUACUAGUCCAAAGAUUCUAAUAAUCGUUAAUUCAUUAUUACAAGACAAAAAAGAAAGGAAGAUACUGAAAUUUUGUGUAAAUGCAAUGUGAUUAAACGUCUGAUAAAUCGCUGGUGUAA